GCUCCACGCUGCAUUUGAGGUUUCUCCCAGUGAAUCAGUUCGCUAGUGAAGACAGACCGGGAACAGUAGCAGAAGACUCAAGCAAGGCAGUCAGAGCAGAGCCUCGAGAUGUGGUGCCUCUUCAUGCUGCUCUGCUCCCAAGGAAUUGCCUUUUCAGCAGGAUUCACAACAUCCUCCACUCCGAAUUCAGACAGAAGCCAGAACAGAAAGACUCCCAACCCCGAAUGUUUUAUGAAUGUUAGUGAAAUUAUCAGAUAUCAUGGAUACCCCAGUGAAGAAUAUCAAGUUACCACAGAGGAUGGGUAUAUUCUUGGUGUUUUCAGAAUUCCUGCCGGGAGGAACAGUCGAAAUACAGGGAAAAAGCCUGCAGUCUUCCUACAGCAUGCUUUUCUAGGAGACGCUACCCAUUGGAUUUCCAACCUGCCAAACAACAGCUUGGGCUUCCUCCUCGCAGAUGCUGGAUAUGAUGUCUGGAUGGGAAACAGCCGAGGGAACACUUGGUCUUUAAAACACAAGACCCUUAAUCCCAGCCAGAAAGCAUUCUGGCAGUUCAGCUUCGAUGAGAUGGGUAAAUACGAUAUUCCAGCAGAGCUGUACUUCAUCAUGAAUAAAACCAGACAGGAGGAUGUAUACUAUGUUGGUCACUCUGAAGGCACAACAGCAGGCUUCAUAGCAUUUUCUACGUACCCUGAGCUGGCUAAACGGGUGAAAAUGUUCUCUGCCCUGAGCCCAGUAGUCACAGGCUCAUAUGCUACAAGCCCUCUGGUUAAAUUAGCACGUGCUCCUGAACCACUGCUCAAGUUACUAUUUGGCUGCAAAGGAGCCCUGCACCAAAUCCCACUUCUGAAAAGACCUGUGGCAGAAUUCUGUGCAAGCCUGGAUAAGUUUUGUGGCCAUGUACUCUGUUACAUAGCUGGAGGCAGCGUAAAAAAUCUGAACACAAGUCGAACAGAUAUAUAUGCAUCACAUUCCCCUGCUGGAACAUCAGUACAGGACAUUAUUCAUUGGCACCAGAUACUAUAUGCAGACCGAUUUCAAGCUUAUGACUACGGCUCUAAAGAAAACAUGAAGAAAUACAACCAGACUGCUCCUCCCACGUAUGAAAUCGAGAAGAUAAGAAUACCAACUGCUGCUUGGAGCGGUGGAGAGGACAAAUUUGCAGAUCCAAAAGACAUGGCGAGGCUGCUUCCUCGGAUUACUAAUCUCAUUUACCAUGAACAUUUUCCUACUUGGGGACAUCUUGAUUUCAUCUGGGGUCUUGAUGCAACUGAGAGAAUGUAUCUGAAAAUCAUUGAACUAAUAACAAAAUACCUUUGAAACCACACGCAGAGCAUUGGUUCAUGCAGUAAAAGCCUCCAAAAUUUCUAGUUGGCAGUAAGGGUAAUACCUAGCGAAGAGGUAAACGCACAGACACACAUAAAGAAUGCCAGCAUGGGUAUUUACCUGCACUUGUUUGUUUCUUGCUUUCCUCAUAGUGUGAGGUUUUCCAUGGUGUUACUAUGACUGAGAAGUUUGAGGUUUAUAGAAAUGAAAGCUGAAAACAUUCAUAUAUUUGAGCACACACUGCAGGGAUCACUUAAUUUGGACCACUUUUAUUUCUACAAGACUAAUUUUCCUAAGCCUCAACUCUGCUGUUCUCAUAUACACCUCAUGUACCCACAGAGGCAUUCCCAGGCCCAAUUUGUGUCUUCUGAGGAAGACACAAAAGUGUGAUUUGCUCAUUUCUGUACUGAAGCACAAGUGACUUUUGUUUAAAUUAAAUCAUUUAUCCACUUAAC